CGGGAGGGAGCGUGGGAGGGGCAGGCUCACACUGCCAUGCGGGCCACCAGCUGCAGGGGAGGAGAGGGGGCAGGAGGAGGGGAACCGGCACCCGGGCAGCUUGGUGACGAGGCCUGCUAGCCAAACGAAGGUGGCUGUGCUGCCUGCUGCCUGUGAUGGGGGGACAGAUCACUCGGAGCUCCCUCCACGACUCCAUCGGAGGUUCCUUCCCUGUCGCCUCUCACCGAUGCCACCACAAGCAGAAGCACGGCCCGCCGGUACUGCCCGGCGGGGUGCUCCUGGCCACGCCACUGCUCUUCCACCCACACACCAAGGGCUCCCAGAUCCUCAUGGACCUCAGCCACAAGGCCGUCAAGAGGCAGGCCAGCUUCUGCAACGCCAUCACUUUCAGUAACCGCCCGGUCCUCAUCUACGAGCAAGUCAGGCUGAAGAUCACCAAGAAGCAGUGCUGCUGGAGUGGGGCGCUGCGCCUGGGCUUCACGAGCAAGGACCCCUCCCGCAUCCACCCCGACUCGCUGCCCAAGUACGCCUGCCCCGAUCUGGUCUCCCAGAGUGGCUUCUGGGCCAAGGCUCUGCCUGAGGAAUUUGCCAACGAGGGCAACAUCAUCGCCUUCUGGGUGGACAAGAAGGGCCGUGUGUUCUACCGCAUCAACGACUCGGCCGCCAUGCUCUUCUUCAGUGGGGUCCGCACGGCCGACCCGCUCUGGGCCCUGGUGGACGUCUAUGGCCUCACACGGGGCGUCCAGCUGCUUGACAGCGAGCUGGUGCUGCCCGACUGCCUGCGGCCACGCUCCUUCACCGCCUUGCGAAGGCCGUCGCUGCGGCGCGAGGCCGACGACGCGCGCCUGUCCGUGAGCCUGUGCGACCUCAACGUGCCGGCGGGGGAAGGCGACGAGGCCACGCCGGCCACCGGUUGCCCCAUCCCGCAGAACUCGCUCAACUCGCAGCACAGCCGCGCACUCCCCGCGCAGCUCGACGGGGACCUGCGCUUCCACGCGCUGCGCGCCGGCGCGCAUGUCCGGAUUCUGGACGAGCAGACGGUGGCGCGCCUGGAGCACGGGCGCGACGAGCGCGCGCUCGUCUUCACCAGCCGGCCCGUGCGCGUGGCCGAGACCAUCUUCGUCAAGGUCACACGCUCGAGCGGCGCUCGGCCCGGCGCGCUCUCCUUCGGCGUCACCACGUGCGACCCCGGCACGCUAAGGCCUGCCGACCUGCCCUUCAGCCCCGAGGCCCUGGUGGACCGCAAGGAAUUCUGGGCUGUGUGCCGCGUGCCCGGUCCCCUGCACAGUGGCGACAUCCUGGGCCUGGUGGUCAAUCCUGACGGCGAGCUGCACCUUAGCCACAACGGUGUCGCUGCGGGCAUGCAGCUGUGCGUGGAUGCCUCGCAGCCACUCUGGAUGCUCUUCGGCCUGCAUGGGGCCAUCACGCAGAUCCGCCUUCUCGGCUCCACCAUCCUCGCCGAGCGGGCCAUCCCAUCACUUCCCUGCUCUCCCGCCUCCACGCCAACCUCGCCCAGUGCCCUGGGCAGCCGCCUCUCUGACCCCUUGCUCAGCACUUGCAGCUCAGGUCCUCUGGGCAGCUCUGUUGGCGGGACGGCCCCCAACUCACCGGUGAGCCUGCCCGAGUCACCAGUGACCCCAGGCACGGGCCAGUGGAGUGACGAGUGCACCAUUUGCUACGAGCACGCAGUGGACACGGUCAUCUACACAUGCGGCCACAUGUGCGUCUGCUACGCCUGCGGCCUGCGCCUCAAGAAGGCUCUGCACGCCUGCUGCCCCAUCUGCCGCCGCCCCAUCAAGGACAUCAUCAAGACCUACCGAAGCUCCUAGCGCGGCGCGGCGCCCACCCCGCACGCCCGCCUCCUCAGACUUCAGCCCAGCUCCAGCCAAGGGGCAAACCAACGCGGGGGGGUGGGGGGCCCUUCUCUACUUCCUCACUUUGGAAAUUUUUUUCUUCUCCAUUAAACCUGGGAAACU